AUGACAGACAAGCGGCAGUAUACCUCGCCGUAUACGCCAAGUAACAAGAAGGUCUCAUGCUUGAAACGUUCAAAACAUGAGCCGACCGUGAUGGAAGACCUACCUACCGAACUCCUCCUUGAAACGUUUAGUUACCUGAACAGUGUGGAUGUGAUAUAUUGUUUUACGCCAUUGAACCAGCGCUUUCGAAUUCUAGUUCAUGCGCAUCAAAAUAAAUUCGACUUCAAAUCAGUAAGUAAAGCGAAAAUGAAGCGUUUCAUCCAUGAACACAACAGGCUUGCGGCUCUUCAAUGGAAGAUACUGAGACUGUCUGAUGAUGAACAUACACCUGGACAAAUAGCGUUCUUCUUUGAACAAUUUCCUUAUCAGCAACACACGUCUCAAUUGAAAUUCUUGUCUUUGAUUCAUAUGAAGCCAAACUAUGCACAAAGACUAUUACCACAACUAGAAAUCUUUACUAGUUUAGUUUCCUUAACACUCGGAAAUAUAUGCGGAAAACAAAUAGGGACAUUAAAUCUACCAUUACUUCGAAGCCUUACUAUUACUUCGUGUAAAUAUAACAAAUGGAUACAAAGUCUUCAACAAUUGAAAAAUUUAGACUACAACAUCAAACUAGACUGUGUUCACGAACAUAGCCUCAUAUGGCCAACAACACUCGAACAUCUAAAAAUCUAUUUUACGCAGUGGCAAGCGAGCGAACAUGUAUACGCAUCGCUACAAUAUCUGGCUCAGUUGAAAAGCUUGGCAAUCUAUGAUAAUUCCUGGGCAAAAUCAUAUCCCAAUGGUAAUAGAUGGCAGAACUUAAUCGAAUCGUCAUUACCAUUGUUGACUAAAUUUCAGUUUUGUUUUAAAUUUUGGUACGAUACUCUCUCAUUGACGGAUAUAAAUCAAAUCCUUUCAACGUUUACAACGCUGUUUUACCAGAAAAAACGUUGUUUCGUUCAAUGUGAUACGCAUAGCAAUCAAUUUCACGAGGCAGUUCUUUAUUCGUUGCCGUUCGCUUUCGACCAAUUCGAAUUACACACUGAUUCCUUCGCUCGAAGCAAAACAACGCUCAACGAUAUUCAUCUAACACACAAAAACUUCUUUCGAAAAGUGGAAACACUAAUUGUGAAUGUUAAAUGCGACGACGUAAAUUCUAACCUACAGAAUGAUCAUGUGCAACAUUUAGUCUUAACACGUUCGGAUAUCUUAGCUGAUUGGUUAUUUUCGAUGGUGUAUGUACGUCAAUUAUCCUUGUGUAAUCAGAUAGAUAUGUUAUCGAAGGAUUUUUUUCAUUUGAUAAAAAACAUGCCAUGUCUAGACUCAUUGAACACCUCGUUUACGAAAUUAACCAACCUUACGGAUGAGUGGAAAAGCAAGCUGAUUCGCGAUCAAUUAUCUGCCAAGGUUCGUUCUUUAAAUUUAUCGUUUGAUCAAAAUCGAUCGUAUUCCACACUUCAUUAUGUCGGUUCACACGAAAUUCUUUCCAUACUGGAUGUUUUUGCUGAAAAAUGCGAACAUCUAACGAUACUCAUAUCUUCCAAGAACAUUAUUACAGAUUCUAUACUACCAACGAUGAGAAAGCUGCAAAGCUUAACAGUUUAUCUGAAAACUGAUGAUCAAUCAAUCAUUACACACGAUUGGCUGACGAAACAAGAUAUCGUCAAAGAUUUAGAUUGUUCUUUUACUAUAAACAAUGACGAAUGCACCUUUUGGAUCAGUAAUCAAUAA